GCAUUACAGAUAAUCCUUCUGCUCUGGCUCUGUUAUACAUCUAUACAAAGGCAUCAUACAUCGAUACCUUGUUUCCUGAACAAGCAAGCAAUCAAGAGAUCCCCAAAGCAAUCGCAACAAUGGAGUUUGAUCCUGCCGAGAAUGACAUGGACUCUGAAGUGUUGGAGAAUGCUCGAUACAUUCCCGUAGUUGUGUUGGGGACGCUGUCUAGCACUCUAUCGCUGAUCGGUUCCGGUUGCAUUGUCUACAUGUCCUCUCAGCAACUAGAUCAGAUCAAGCAACGCCUCCUCUUUGGACUUAGCUUGGCGGAUUUUGUGAAUUCAGUGAGCCGUCUGCUGAUGCCAUUCAUGGUACCAGCCAGUCUGGGGCUGCCCGGAGCACUAGGGGACCAUGCGAGCUGUUCUGCUGUCGCCUUCUUCUUUGCGGCAUCCAACAAGUUAGCAGCCAGCUAUGCUGCAUAUUUGAGCAUAUACUUUCUCUUGUUGGUCCGUCGUAAUUGGAAGGAACAUGACUUUACCUUUCCUCUGGAAUUUGCAGCGCAUGCGAUUGCCUUGAUCAUUCCUUUGGCAUUGGACAGUGCAGCUGUGGCGACAGAAUCGAUGAACCCAAGAAUAUCCGUGAAUAACCUAUGUCUCUAUUCAGCGUACCCCCCGGGGUGCACAGAUGAAGAUGAUUGCGAGCGGUCCACAUGGCGCACCGGCGAGACACUGGUGGACAUUGCAUCUAUCCACUUCUUCUUCAACAUUGCACUGUGUCUCUUUUGCACUGGGUUGGUUUGGGUGACAGUCCGAAAAACGCUUAGGCGGAUAAGCCGGUACAACUUUGCAGUAUCAUCUUCAGUGGUACAGGGCGAACUCCCACUGGGUUCCUACUCCAAGAGAUGGAGUUCUCGCUUCUUGUUGGCAAGGACAAGCAGCUGGGAAUCUCAACCAGACCUCCAAGGGAAGCGCAUUCGGCAAGUCGGCACUCGGGCUCAAUUGUAUACUGCAGCAUACGUCCAUACGUGUUUCUGGCCGCUGCUCUUGGUGAUCAUGACAAACAUUUAUUCACCGGAGGAUGUUGAAGAAAACAAGCUGAACCCUGGCUGGUAUGCCCUUUUAAAAAUUUAAUGUCCUCUUACCUCCGCAGGUUAACUGCCUGAGUCCUCUACCCCUUUAAUGGCAAAUAUUCUGUCUGUGGGAUCCCCCUGGUUUUGUCUGUGGGAUCCCCUUGUUUAGUGUCUGUGGGAUCCCCCUCAUUUCCUGUCUGUGGGAUCCCCUAUUCCGGUGAAGCCAGGGUAUAAGGAUAGAGAUAAUAUAAGCUGGCAAAACUGGAAAUUGAAGGUUCAAUAAAAAGUUAGGGGUAGGAAUAUAUCAAUGUAAUUUAAGGUUAGUGCACUCAGCACAAAAACACAAUAAGCCAGCAAGUGUUGUAAAUCUAGAGUUACACGAUCGAAUGAUA